AUGGCUACAUCAACCUCGUCCUCGGCAUCCUCACCUACUAGAAGGAACUUGGGUCCAUUAACCACCACAUUUACAGCGCCGAGCUAUUGCAACAACAUCGUUGUGUAUGGUAGCUGUUCCACAUGCGAUUAUGGAUGGCAAGCACAAACAUGCGCAAACGGCGGGGCUGUCCCGGUAGACGAUUCAUCGUGCUGGCCGGCUAGAACAAGCGAUCCUCCAAGCAUAACCGGAGGUCCUGCUUUCCAUGGCUGGGGAUUUUACUCGCCAGGAGUCAUGUGCCCUAACGGCUACACGUCGGCUUGUGCUUCCACUGUUGGUCAAGAUGAUGGAUUCAGUUUUCAAUUCCGAUUGACCAGCUCAGAGACGGCGAUUGGUUGUUGUCCGACCGGUUAUACCUGUGUGAUCCAGACCAGAGACCAAACUUGUGUGUCUGUGGCAAGGUCAACGUCCGUCUUGACUGGAACAUGUCCGGGCGGCAGUAGUACUAUCAGCUAUGCCUAUAAAUCGCUGCCAUUCGCCUACAGCAGUUCUAUCAUGGACAAUUUCACUAUUAUGGCCCCUCUUUUUCAGCUCGUACAUCAACCUUCCGAUACUAUGACUACCGGUACCCCCUCAGUCAUUUCUGCAGCUACAACAAGUUCGACUAGUUCAUCUAAUAUCUCAGGUCCCAAUGUCAGCACAGGUACUCGUCUAUCCGUAGGGGCGGCUGUCGGAAUCGGGGUAGGCAUCGCGGUGGCUGUCUUUCUUAUUGGGCUCCUGUCUUACCUCUUGUGGCGGUCGCAGCGGAAGAGAAAAGCGCAUUCCGCACAGGGUAACGGACCAGUCACAACAACGACACAAUUCCCACAAAUGCAAGAAAGCGUAUAUACGCCUGAGAGCUAUUUCUAUUCAGAGCUCCCACCGCAAGACGGUGGCAAACCUCAAGAGCUAUCCAAUAUCCCCAAAGGUCCUGUUGAGUUGUCAGCUGGUGAUGGGAAUUGGACGCGAUCCAGAUCAUCUGCAGAAGUAAUUGAUGGUCUUAGGGAUCAACAAAAAGUACUGGACAUGGGUCGAAGAGCUCAAUAA